GCCUCGUGAAAGGCUCCGGCACGGACGAGCGGGGCUGGGGUCGGUGUGACCGGGCGGGGGUGAGCAGGCUGGGGCACUGAGCCCAGAGGUGCAGUUCUGGGAAGUGCAAAGCUGGGUAGGGAGCACGGGAUUCAGGGGUGCAGGAUGUGAAGGUGUAGGGGUGUAGAACACAGGGGUGCAAACCACGAGUGCAUGAUCUGGGGGUGCAGAGCACAGAGGUUCAGGGCUUGGGGGUACCAUGUACAUGGGUACACGGUGCUGGAUGUAGGGGUGCAAGGGCUAGGGGUGCUGGGCAUGAGGGUGCAGGGUCUGUGUGUGCAGGUCACAGGGAUGCAAAACAUAUGGGUGCAAGACUUGGGGUGCCAACAGGGUCCCUCCUACCCUGACACCAUGCAGGGCCCUCCAGAAGCACCAAUGGAGAAGGACAUCGACAGCUACCAGGAUGGGGCCAAGACAGUGCCAAGCGCCAGGCUGGGCACCGAGGGGACAGAGGCACAGCUGGAUGAUUUUGUGGGUGCUCACCCUGACUACAAUGAGGAGGAGGAGGAGCAGAAAUACUUUCGCCGCAAACGCCUCGGUGUCAUCAAGAACGUGGUGGCUGCCAGCCUGGCUGGCACCCUCACCUACAGCGUCUACCUGGGUCUGCUGCAGAUGCAGCUGAUCCUUCACUAUGACGAGACCUACCGGGAGGUGAAGUACAGCAAUAUCCAGUUGGAGGACAUUGACCGCAAGGUGCUGAUGGGCAUCAAUGUCACACCCGUGGCGGCGCUGCUCUACACACCCAUCCUCAUCAGGUUCUUUGGCACCAAGUGGGCCAUGUUCCUGGCAGUCGGCAUCUACGCCCUCUUCGUCUCCAGCAACUACUGGGAGCGCUACUACACGCUGGUGCCCUCCGCAGUGGCCAUUGGCAUGGUCAUCGUGCCCCUCUGGGCCUCCAUGGGCACCUACAUCAUGCGGAUGGCCCAGAAGUACUACGAGUACGUUAACUACAAGGAGGAGCAGGAGAAGGAGAGGCAGCGGGCGCCGCGGGACGCCUGCAACGCCUACAUCAUUGUCUUCCAGACCGUCUUCUACUCCUGCUUCCACUUGAGCUUCGUCUGCGCUCAGAUGCCCAUGGUCUUCUUCCUCAACAACUACCUCUACCAACUCAACCACACGCUCUUUGCAGUGAAGCACUGCGGAACCCUGAGCCACGGCACGCUGCCUGGUUUCAACAAGACGGUGCUGCAGAGCCUUCCCCGCAGCGUCAACCUCAUCAUCGUGGAGAGCACGUUGAUGGCCACCGCCUUCCUCGCCAUGCUGGUGGUGAGCGCCGGGGCGGGAAGGGACAGGGAUGGGCUGGACGAUGGCAGGACCUCACCCACCGCUGCUCCGCAGGUGCUGGUGCUGUGUGGCGCGGCGUACCGGCCCAUGGAGGAGAUCGACAUGCGCAGCAUCGGCUGGGGCAACAUUUUCCAGCUGCCCUUCAAGCACAUGCGGGACUAUCGCCUGCGGCACCUCUUCCCAUUGUUCAUCUACAGCGGCUUCGAGGUGCUCUUUGUCUGCACUGGAUUUUCCCUGAACUACGGCGUGUGCGCCCUCGGGCUGGAGAGGUUGGCGUAUCUCCUCAUGGCCUACGGCUUCUCCGCCUCGGCAUGCUCCAGCCUGGCCCUGUGCAUGCUGCGCCUGCGCCGGCACAUCCCGCUCCUGGCCGGAGCCUUCAUCCACGCUGUACUCCUGGUGACACUCUUCUGCUGGGCGCCCGAGCCCCGGUACCUGGCGCAGGCGCCGCUGCUCUACAGCAUUGCCGCGCUCUGGGGCACAGGCAGUGCCCUCAACAAGACCGGAAUCAGCAUCCUCCUGGGAAUGUUGUACAAGAAAAAGGAGCGCCAAGACUUCAUCUUCACCAUCUACCACUGGUGGCAGGCCCUGGCCAUCUUCACCGUCUACCUGUGGUCGGGGCUGCCCAUGAAGGCCAAGCUGUCCAUCAUGCUGCUGACGCUGGUGGUGGCGGUGGGGACAUACCUGUGGAUGGAGCAGAAGGUGGCGUGGAACGUGGAAGUCCGGCUGCCCCGCAUCCCGCGCCCACGCCACAAAACACGUGGAUACCGCUACCUGGAGGACAACUCGGAUGAGACCGGCUCUGACGGUGACGGGGACAAGGAGGACGAUGACAGGCACCCAACUGAGGCCACCAGGGAGGACGAGCUGCCAAAAGAGGACGGGGAGCAGCUGGGAUAGGGACAGCCUGUCCUGGGCCCCAUCCUGCUCUUGGUACCUGAGGGGGUUCCACAGCUCUCCCUGGAUGGGCCCAAAAUUCUGCAAACCCCCUCAGGUCAGGCUUGCAGCCCCCCGACCUAAGCCUAAAGCCCCCAGCCAGCUCAGAUCCCCCCACAUUGGCUGACAGACCUCCAGACUGGCCCAUGGACCCC